AUGCCGGAAUCUGUGGUUGGGACCCGCGGGUACUCAUGCGCAACCUGCGGGAAGCAGUAUCAGCGGAGCGCCCAUUUGCGGCGGCAUGAAUCCACUCACACCCAAGGCACAAGCUUCAACUGCCCUUAUUGCGAAAAAGCAUUCGCCAGACGCGACGUCUGCCGGAAGCAUGCCGUUCACUGCCCAAACAAGACGGACCGUGAAGCCAUUCCCAUCUUGAGGCGUGGCCAGAAGCCUCGCGCAUGCGACGCCUGCUUUCACAGCAAACAGUCAUGCGAUACUUCAGAGCCAUGCGAGCGCUGCGUCGCACGUAAGCUGUCAUGCACAUAUCACAGACUGGAGGACACUUCACAAUCCGCUACCUCGUCCUCCUCCCUAGCCACAACAGCCGUGGGGUCCCCUGCUAAUAACAGCAAUAACCACAACAACAAUGACAAAGACCGCACGAAAAUCACCGUGGCCUUCCUCCUAGGGCUAACAAACCCGAACUCAGACAACAUUCUCGAGUUCCUCGCCAGCGAGGCCGCUGCCCGGACCGAAGGUGACGGGCUCGAUUCCGGCACAAAGUCCACCAGCGCCACCACCCAGUUCCCCUCAGGCAUACCGACGGACCAGGACUUCGCCGCAUUCCUACCCGUCAACUUCUACUCCGGCUUUGGGCCUGACUCGGUCGACUUUUUGUACGCCAUCGGAGGGAUUAUGGAAAGCGCAACGGCGGCUACUUCUGCCUCCCCUUUCAGCCCCGAGGCCAUCGAAGGCCGCGCCGCCGCCCUGCUCUACGAGCUGCAGGAACUACACAACGCCCUCAAGGUAUGCGAGCCCUGGUACGACGGCGAAUUCGAUCUCGCCAUCGCGAGUUCGGUAUUCUCGGCACACAGUCUGUGCCAGUUCGCAGCGACUUACUUCCGCGUGAGCCAUCUUGACUUUCCCAUCCUGCACCGGCCGUUCUUCGGCACCGAGCGCACAACCAAGACGCUGUUAUUGGCGGUCGGCGUCGCCGGGGCACUGAGGUCGCCUCCGAGCGACGAUGCGCUCGCCGCGCGCGGCUUCCUCGGCCUCGUUGAGGAGUACAUCUUCCGCACGCUCCACAGGCAAAUGCCGUACGGAUCUACGCCCGAGUACACCGACGAGCUGGAGGAGAGCCUGCAGGCGGCGUUGAUGAUCCACAGCGUGCAGUUUUUCAGGAACGACACGGCGACGCGGCGGAAGAACCGGACGCUGAGGCUGCCCACGCUGGUGUCGGCUGUGCGGUGUCUUGGGCUGGCGCAGACGAGGCACAAGCCCGUUUUCGAGUACGAGGACUUUGUAAGGAACGAGACCCGUAUACGGUUGGCGACGUGGUUGGCUCUCGCCGACUGGCAGCAAUGCGGCAUGUCCAACGCGCCGCCGACGAUGACGCCCGCGGAGAUGACGUGCGACCUCCCGUGUCCGCUGGAGCUCUUCGACGCCAAGGACGCAGACGAGUACUUUGAAGUGGCGCAGACCAAGGGCCUCGAUCCCUCGAGGAGGAUAGUCUCAGUCAGGCACUGCGUGGACGCGUUGAUGAGCGACAGUUGGAAGGGGAUGGAGAGCUUCCCUUUCGAAGACAUUACUGCGACGGAUCUGCAGAUUCUGAUAUUCGGUAUAAACGCCAUGGUGGCGUCCGCGAAUCUCAUGGGCAUCUUGUCCUCCAGCUCGCACAACAUCCUCCGUGCGGUUUCCAGGUGGGAGGACAUGUGGGAUACCGUCCGCGAGCGCAUGGGGCCGGCCAAGUUCGAGAAGAGCGGCAUGGUCAGGUACAACACCGAGCUGUGCUGGGCGGCCAAGGUGAUUGUCAAGAUUGCCAUUGCUGGGGACCGGAGCUCGGCGUAUAUGCAAAAGGUGGGACACGAUUCGCUUGUCGAGCUCCACGAGUUCGUGCGCCAGUAUCGUGACUUUUGA